UUGUCCUUGGAGCACAGACUAAAGUCAGCAUGCACACAGAGAUGUUUAUAAUGUUCUAAAGGGUUAACCUGUUGAGCAUGUAAACUAUGAACGCAGCUGGUUAUCAUAUGUGUAUAGAUGAAUACAUGAGUGGUAUCUGACCAGCUCCUCAUUUUUCUGAAGUAUUGCCUAGGAUAGAUAAAUGGAUUAAUUUUGUCACAAAAUGUCAAAAUCGUAAAUCGCUGUGGUCUAAUCUAAUCUUCAGUUAUACCAAAACGACUAUCCGGGCUGGACUGUGUGGGACUGUAAAGACGGUUUUGAAAGGAAACGGUGAUAUUUUUGAUCCUACAUUUUUUAUAAAUCGGCUGUCAUGGCAGCGAACGCUGAUAUACAUUUGACGGUGGGUGAAGAGCGCGUGACAACAGGUGACGUCACGAAGGGGGAGGCGAUAGACCUGAAGGCACGUGACCCAGAACAGCUGCACGAGAACAUGAAGGUUCAGUUCCAUGAUAUCUUCGGGGAGCCGGAUGAGACCGUCUUUUCAUUCGACUUUGUCUGGACGUGGGCCUUCAAGCUGUUCACGAACACGAAGUUGUGGUGUUACCGGAUCACGUCCCUGAUCUGCGGGCUGCCCCUCGCCAUCUACUGGGGAAUCCACUUCGCCCUCCUCUCAUUCUGCGCAAUCUGGUGCUGCGAACCAUACCUCAAGGCCUAUGCUAUCGAGCUUCACUGCGUGAGACGAGUUUUCCAGACGAUGCUCAACGCUUUCUACCGUCCCUGCUUUGAGGCGAUGGGGUACAUCUUUUAUAACAUUCGAGUUCAAGUGACCAAACAAUAAUGCCAUGAAAAAACAGCGAAAGUGAACGUCUUCCCGACUGGUGUUUCAAAGAGAACAAACAUUGCUGAUGGCAAGCCAGACAGCGUACAUUCACAUACAUCUACAUUUAGAACAUACUAUUAUAUAUAUAUGUGUAUUGUUAUUAUCAGUCGUACAUUUUUUUUCAUUAUAAUACAUGUCUGUUUUCAUUUCGAUUUUUUAAAUCCACAUAGUCAGCUAUAAUAGCAAUUUCUGUACUUUAUUUCUCAUGCAUAGUCAUAAACACAGACGUAACAUUUGUAAAUAUUUCAUGUCAACAAAUUUUAGAUACAUAACCUGCGUUCAUUUAC